GGCGAAAAACCUUUGUGGGACCUUUUAUUUUUAUUUAUUGCUCCGAGCAGGAUUGUAGAUAAGGUCACAAACAACGUCUUGGAAAUUGAAGUUGGAAUAUCUUCAUUCCCAGUGCCUGCAAUGGCUGCUCCUCUGUCAACAGCUUUGGAUAUCUAUUUUAGUGGGCAUAACUCAGACACCAAGCUUACAAGGUUCCGCCAUACCUCUCUCCAAAACAGCCAUAGAAAGCUCACUAUUUGCUGUACUAUUUCCAAAUCCACUCCUGAAGCUCCUCCUAGUUCAGAUGGACCCGACGACAAAAACCCUUCCUUGUCUGAGCAACUCCGACCCCUUGCCAACACCACGUUAUCUAACUCUUCCACGCACCAACCCUAUGUCUUGUCCAAGCCUAAAUCCACCUGGUUCAACCCAACAAAGCCCAAGCGCUCUGUGCUUUCCCACCAGAGGCACAAACGCUCUCCUUACAAUUAUAAUCCCCAGAUCAGAGAUCUCAGGCGCUUUGCUCAGAAGCUCAACGAUUGUGAUGCCUCGGAAUCAGAUUUCUUGGCUGUUGUUGAGGAAAUCCCAACCCCGCUUACCAAAGAAAAUGCGCUUUUAAUUCUCAACGGUUUGAAGCCGUGGCAGAAAACCCUUCUGUUUUUUAAUUGGGUCAAAAAGCAGAAUUCGUUUCCCAUGGAACCCAUAUUCUACAAUGUCACGAUGAAGUCUCUGAGGUUUGGGAGACAGUUUCAGUUGAUCGAAGACCUUGCGCAUGAGAUGAUUGAGAAAGACAUUAAGAUGGAUAAUAUCACUUACUGCACCAUCAUAAGCUGUGCCAAAAAGUGUAAUCUGUUUGACAAGGCUGUGCAUUGGUUUGAAAGGAUGUAUAAGACUGGUUUGAUGCCAGACGAGGUGACUUAUUCUGCUAUUUUAGAUGUUUAUGCCAGGCUAGGAAAGGUUGAAGAGGUCCUUAGUUUGUACGAGAGAGCCAGAGCAACAGGGUGGAAGCCUGACCCUAUCACUUUCUCUGUGUUGGGAAAGAUGUUCGGCGAGGCUGGUGACUACGACGGUAUCAGGUACGUUUUGCAGGAGAUGAAGUCGCUAAGCGUGCAGCCCAAUUUGGUCGUGUACAAUACGUUGUUGGAGGCAAUGGGAAAAGCUGGAAAACCAGGGUUUGCACGCAGCCUGUUUGAAGAAAUGAUUGACUCGGGUAUAGCUCCAAAUGAAAAGACUUUAACGGCCGUCAUCAAGAUAUAUGGGAAGGCAAGGUGGGCUAAAGAUGCUCUGGAAUUGUGGGAGCGAAUGAGGCAAAAUGGCUGGCCCAUGGAUUUCAUUCUCUACAAUACAUUGUUGAAUAUGUGUGCGGAUGUUGGACUGGUUGAAGAAGCUGAAACGCUAUUCAGUGACAUGAAACGGUCCGAGCAUUGCCAGCCAGAUAGCUGGAGUUACACUGCAAUGUUGAAUAUAUAUGGGAGUGAAGGGAAUGUGGAGAAGGCAAUGGAAUUGUUUGAAGAAAUGUCUGAAUUGGGUAUUCAUCUUAACGUGAUGGGAUGCACUUGUUUGAUUCAAUGCUUCGGGAAAGCUAUGGAGUUUGACGAUUUAGUCAAAGUUUUUAAAACUUCAGUUGAGAGUGGAAUCAAGCCAGAUGACAGGCUAUGCGGUUCCUUACUAUCUGUUGUGUCUUUGUCUCAGAAUAGCAACGAUGAGGAAAAGGUGCUUGCUUGCUUGCAACAAGCUAACCCAAAAUUGGUCGCUUUUGUAAAGUUGAUGGUUGAAGAGAAAACUAGUUUUGAGACAGUGAGAGAACAGUUCAAGGGUAUAAUGAGUGACGCAGCUGUAGAAGUGAGAAGACCCUUCUGUAACUGCUUGAUUGAUAUAUGUCGUAAUAAAGAUCUGCAAGAGAGAGCACAUGAGCUUCUCUACUUAGGAACCUUGUAUGGAUUAUACCCAGGUUUGCACAACAAGACAGCAGAUGAAUGGUGCUUAGAUGUGAGGUCACUGUCAGUGGGAGCGGCUCAGACUGCAGUGGAAGAGUGGAUGGGGACACUGGCCAGACUGGUUCAGAGGGAGGAGACACUGCCUGGCUUACUCUUAGCCCAAACUGGAACGGGAAUUCACAAGUUUUCCCAAGGAUUGGGCAUUUCGUUAGCCACUCAUUUGAAGAAAAUGGGUGCUCCAUUUAGGCAGAGUGAGGAGAAAGCUGGUUGCUUUGUGGCAACAAGAGAUGAUUUAGUGUCGUGGGUGAAAUCAAAGGUUCCGUCACUUGCUGUUACGACCUAGAUGAGGAAACGGAUUGGGCUUUCAUUCACCUUCUCGCUUUGUAGCCCUAAUUCCUUCGUCGUCGCAUAGUACCAGAGAAGGGUUGUAAUUUUCCCCUGCGUUUAUUAUUGCAUAGUAUACGCUUGCCUGGCUUUUACUGGUUGCAUUCUUGUUGAUGUGAAAUGUGAAUCGGUCAUUUUUUAUAA